UCGAACAGGGCGUUGAUGUGCGAGUCGGCCGUCGCAAUGUAUCAUUAUGUUGGAUUGAUUAUUAAUCUGGCAGUGAUUUUUGUUUCAAGAUACAUGUGAAUGUGGACUGAGACAGUAUAGUGAUUAGUCCUGGAUUAUAAGAUUCUCUGUUAUUUAUGUAAAUAUAACCCUGAAAUCUGCUCCAGUUUAAUGAGCAGAAAUGGCGCCCUUUUUGCUUUGCACGCAUGCGCGGAGUCUUGCGAUAUUGGCUGCUGUAAUAUUUUGCAGAACUAUUGAAUGGAGCUUGAAAUAUGUGUUGUUUAUUUCUCCGUAUAUUUAAAUUUCGUAACGUAUACAACCGUCGGGGUUGGAUAACGUUCUAAGUGGGCCCAAAACACCUACCAGUUUUGAAAAGCUUUCCAUCCCAACCCCCAGAAUGGAUAGCUACAGAUUUUCUUUGGCCACAUUAGAAGAUAGUCAAGAUAUUGAACUGGAUGCCAUUUUGGGGGAGCUCUGUGCCUUAGAGAGCCAAUUUGAUCAAGAAGUCAUGCACAGAGGCCAUGCACGUAGUGUCAGUACUGUCAUUCAAAGCAACAUUACAGGCGAGAAUAUUCGAUAUUCAACUUCAGGAAUACCUUUAUCUCAUGAUUCUCAGUUAUCCUCAACACAUAGUGGUCACAAACGUUUUUUUACACAUAGGCGCUCAAGUUCCGGGGGCAACAAAUCAAAAUAUGAUGUAAACACUGAUUUGGACUGUGAUGACCAAGUGAAAACACACAAAAUGGAAUUAGGUGUACGAACAGAUAGUCCAGACAAUGACUCUGCAUUUUCUGAUUCUGUGUCCAUGCUAUCAUCUGAAUCAUCAACUUCAUCUGGUGGAAGAACAGACACAGGAAUUUCUAGUCAAGGCUCUUCAAAGACCAACAGUAUUGCUUUGGUACCUUCUCCUACUCAACUUUUGGAUAAUAUAUCUAAAAGGCUACAGGCUUUAAAAGUUGAAGUAGAAAAAGAGAAUUCACCACCAGCAGAGCAAGCUGCCCGUAUUAAAGCAGAAAAGAUCAGAAUAGCUUUGGAGAAAAUAAAGGAAGCAAGCAUUAAAAAGAUCUUUAUCAAAGCUUUCAGCGCUGACAACAGUGCUAAGAGCUUGUUAGUUGAUGAAAGAAUGACUGUUGGACAAGUUUGUCGUCUGCUGGCAGAUAAGAAUCAUGUUCCUAUGGAUCCAAGGUGGACGCUUUUGGAACAUUUACCUGAGUUGUUUAUGGAAAGAAUAUAUGAAGAUCAUGAAUAUGUUGUUGAAAAUCUAUUAUUAUGGGCUAGGGAUUCGCCAAAUAAAUUACAAUUUUUAGAGAAGGAUGAGAAAUACAAUUUAUUUAUUAAUCCUGAGGAAUAUUUACUGUUGGGUAGUUCUUCAGAAAAAGGUUCAGAACUUGAUGAUGAUGCAAAAAGUUCUUUAUUAGAGGAAUUCUUUUCCUCAUCAAGUGUUCCUGAAGUCGAAAGUGCAUUAUAUUUAAAAAGUGAUGGCAAGAAAGCAUGGAAAAAGCAUUUUUUUGUUCUGAGAGCUUCUGGUAUUUAUUAUUGUCCAAAAGGAAAAUCAAAGCUGUCGAAGGAUUUAAUAUGUUUAACAACAUUUGAAAUGAACAAUGUUUAUACUGGAUUUGGUUGGAAAAAAAAGUACAAAGCUCCUACUGACUUUGGGUUUGCAAUUAAGCACCCUCAGAUUCAAACAAAAUCAUCAAAAUACAUAAAAUAUCUUUGUGCUGAAGAUGAGCAGAUUUUACACCAGUGGGUUAUGGGUAUUCGCAUUGCAAAGUUUGGCCCUCUAUUAAAAGAAAAUUAUGACAAUCUUAUGCGAGAUAUUGUAGAAGAAGAUCUUGAAACACUUGCUCAUGCACGAAGUUUUUCUGUAUCAUCAAUGGCGAAAACUUUAGCAGUGAGUUCAGACAGUUCAGGCAGCUCUGGCAGUCCAGAUAGACAGGAUAUUUCACUAGAAGAUGUUGUAUUUUCUGGACCUCAGGCUGCUGCUCUGACUCCAGAGCAGUCUGACGCAGAAGUUUUAAGUAACCGCAGUUCUGAUUCUACACCGACUCCAACACCAAUGGAAUGGACAAAUCCUCGAGGUGCUAUGAUUCGUCAUGAUUCAGUCAAAUCAAGUACCAGCAGCAGUAGUGGUUGUUUAUCUGAGCGUUCAAGUGUGAGCACUCCAACAGCUGAGCAAGUACCAUUUGAACCUACAGAAUUUCCUACAGGUACAUUAAAAAGAAAACCUAGUAUAACCCCCAAGAUCCCGUUAACUAACACCACACGCAACAUUGCAAAACAGUCUGAGGAUAAUAUCCAUCUCUCUCUAGCACGAGAUAGACUAAGCCACAGCAAUAGUAUUGGAAAUAGCGCUACUCUUUCUAAGUCGGUCAGCCGUAGAUUUAGCUUGAGACGUUCGCAAACAGAUGAUCAAAUAAUGGUCAAUGGUAUGAUGAAAAGUGUGUAUAGGAAGUCAUCAGAACUUGCAGCUGUAAAUUCUAAACCAGAAGAACCUGAAAAAACUCUUUGUGACUUUCCUCUUCCACCACCACCAUUAGCUACUAGUAGUUCAAUUGAAAGCCUUGAUAUAGCUCUCUUACCUCCACCACCACCUGAAGCUUUCAGAGGAAGCACAACAAGCCUUGAUUCUUUACCACCUCCACCACCACCUUUGGAUUUGUCUGAAGAAUGUAGUUGGCCUAGCACAUCAAGCUUGAAUUCCUUACCUCCACCACCAUCACCUCAAACAACUCCCACAAGAGAAAGGCCUAAGCUUAAAAGCUCUGAUUCACCAAAUAAAGAUAAAUCUGUGCCAUUUGUACCCCGAAAACCAUGGGGCAAUGAUCGCCGAUUAUCUGAAGCUGAUAUCCAGCAGCCUCCUCUUCCAUUUCUGGCAGAAUUAAAAUUAGGUGUUGGUAGCUUAUCUCGAUGUUCUAGUAAACAACCACAGCGAACUGUGGUUGACUGUGAUACAUGGAAAAAUAACUCUCCUACUAAUGGACCUCCAGCUUGUCCAAAACCUGAUGGAAGAGCUAUUCCUGUUGCACCAACAACAUUAGAUAUCGUACCAAAUUUACCAAGCAGUUACAUGCCAUCACCACCCCCUCCACCUCCACCACCACCUCCUCCAACAUCCACAAUUCCAUCUAGAAGUGUGAAGUUUGUGGACCGGCCAUCUCCUCCAGCCAGAAAUGAAGAAACCAAAUUGUCUCAGAAUGCAUCUGGUUUACUUCGCAGAACGCAAGCUCCAGCUACUCUUCCUGGUUACAAAGCAUCUCCAAUUCCAUGCCCCCCCAAAUCAUUUUUAAGAGAUCUCCAGAAGGUGAUGGAGAAGAAAUGGAAAGUUGCUCAGCAGUUAUCAGUAGAUUUAACUGCAACACCAAAUGAAAUACUUGGUUUUCGGGACCCUUGCUAUCUUCCCCCUGUCUCUCAUAGUCAAACACUGGGACACCCUCCGCCACCACCACCUCCACCUUUACCACAUACUAUGAGGCCACGGUCCUCAUCUCAAAGCAAGCAACGCAAAUCUUUUGAAGACUCUGCAACUCCAAAAAAGAGGCCGCCACCUCCUCCACCAAAAAGGAGUGAAACUACUCAGUUAUCACGAAAAUAAGUGUUUAUAAAGAGCUCAGAAUUGGUGCUCUGCAAUUGUGUAACUUUUUUUUUUUUUUCUGUUCUUCCAAACUUAAUUUGAUUCAUACAUCAUAUUUGAAGAAGCACUAUGAUCUGAUGCCUUUGAUAGGUUUCAGAACAGGACAAGUUUUCAUAAACAACUUCAACCAUUUUUUUUUUCACUCAAAGGCAUUUUAUAAUACUGAUUUCUGUGAACCCACUUAACUGUGUAAACACUGAACUAUUAGGAGUUUUUUUAUUGAAGGAUCUCUUUUAUGUUGACCAAGCUCAUCAUUGCAAGUAUAUAGCAAAUGUGUUUUUCAUAUUUAUAAAUAUACUACCAUAAGCGCAUGCAACAUUGUUGUUCAGAAGUAGUUAUUCAGUGUUUAGGAUCCAUAUGGAUAAAAGCUUUUGUUGUUAGAUCAUAUGCUUGAAAGCCAGAGUCACUGGAAAGUCUUUUGGAAUGAAAAUGUUCAGUUGCAGGUAAUAUCUUUUUUUUUUUUAUCCCUUUUAGAAAACAGUUAUCUUAUGUUUACAGAGCAGGGGGGGAUGACAUGAGCCUCUGUGUGCAUUAAAUAAUUAAACAUGUAACAGGGAAUGCUCUUUUAGAAAAGUAAUGGAGUAUUUAUUAGCAAUUUUAAUUAGAUUAAUUUUUUAAUUUAUUUUUUAAUUCUCUAAUGCAAAGUAUUUUAUAAGUUUUAGGUUAAAAACAAAUAAGAUUUUUUUUUAGUUAUCUCUAAAAUUUGCUGUAUUUCAUUUAUAUAUUCUUCAUAUAUCUGUGUAAUUUCAAGAUGAUUUUAUAAUUAGUUUUUGCAAGCUAUAGAGAAUUCUCUCUUGUUACUGAGCAUUUGUAGUAAACAACAUUUUAUAUUGCAAAGUUUUUUUUUAUUUUCAACAAAUUGUAAGCCAGUUUAUGUUUUAAACUAUUAUUUUUUAUGUAAAUUUUUUUACACAGACAUUUACUAGCAGAUUUGAAUUAUUUCUGUUGGUUUUUAAUAUAAAAUUGUAUUUUCAUAUUUAAAAUUUUUUAUUUUGCUCAUAUUGAAAUUUGAAGAAAAUUAAAAUGUUUACAUCACAUUCUGAUAGAAAUGCAAUAUAGAUGUAGAUAGAUGCUUAUUAAUACAUUUAAUGAAAUAUUCUGGAACUGGUAAUUAUGUUUUGAGAUUUUAUUUCUUACAAAUGUUUGAUAACAUAAGAUUCACUAUCAAUUUUAAAUGCUGGGAAAAUAAUAUUUCUUCCUCCUUUUUCUUUCUUACUUUCUUUCUUUCUUUCUUUCUUUUUUUUUUUUUUUUUAGCAGUUGUAGUUUACAUUUCUUGAAAGUUAGUUCUUGAUGACAAAGAGAGAAACAGUUACAACUGUUGCAUCUUUAAUUUUUUAAGUAAAUCAAAAAAUUAUAUGCCAAUAUCUUGCAGUUAAUAGUAAUUAUCUGUGAUAUUCUAAAACUUGCAUUAGAAUUAAGCCAGCUGUUAAUACUGUGAAUGCAUUCUAAACCAAUGCAGACUUGUUUAAUUCUUUGAAAAUGUUCCUCUUUUGGAGGAAAUGAAAAUUUUAUUUGUCUGUUGAAUGUGAUAAAAAGUCUGUUGUCCAAAAUUUCUUGAACUCCUUGUAGUAAGUAUUUUAUAUUAUUGAGUGAAGCAGUUUAGUGGCAAUGUAAAUGCCAUUAAAUACUGCAAUGAGCUUUUUUUUAUUACAUUUUAAAAACCAGUUUGUGAAAUAUUAAAUAUGUGUAAGUAUCUGUUAUAAAAUGAUUAAACAUAUAAGCACAGAAUUUUACAUUAAACUGAAUAAUUAUGAGCGAAUAUAAAAAUGUAUUUAGUAAUCAAGAAUUUUAUUAUAACAUAUAAAUAAAUGUAUUCUAAAGCUUGCUAAUUAUUGUAUUUUUAUGUGAUGUUUAUUCAGAUAUGAUUUAACUGUGUUAUGCUACUCUGGAAAAGGAUUUUGUAAGUGAGAAUUUCAAGAGAUUGUAAAAUUUUAGCUUAAAAAUAUUUCUGCCUUUUCACAGUUAAAACCUAUUUAAAAUUUUUAAUGGAUAUAGUAAUUUAUAUCAGAAAUACAUUAUGCUUAAGUUUUGUUUUUCAUAUCUCUCAACAUUUUGGAUUUAAAAUUUGCUUUUGAAAAAUAUUAUCACAUAUUUGGAACAGUUCAUUGCUUUUCCAAAAAUGUAGCUUAUUUUACUAUAUAUGUAAUGUUUAUGGGUGCAUUUAUCACGUUUCUUCUUGAAUUUCACUGUAAAAUAUAACAAAACUAAAAGAAUUAUAUUUUUAAUAAAUUACAGAAAUUGUGGUAAAAUAAUAUUUAAUAAAAUAAUUUAUAUUCCUUAUUAACUACAUAACAGUUAAAGAUACAUUGAUAAAGUUUAUUGGAAGAUUGAUUUUAAAAUGUAUGCUUGCUGUGCAAUAAAAUAUUACAAAUGUGUAUUUAUAUUGGCUGUUUCUUAAAUUAGAGAUAUAUGUUAUUUGUAUUUAGAAUCAGAGGAUCUAUAGUAGUUAUUAAAUCAUCGAAAAUAAGCUUAUUUUCGUUGCAUAAGCUUGAAAUUGCUCGUUUCAUAAGCUUGAGAUUAAAUUAUGUUUUAAAACCAAAGAAUGCAUCCUUUCAAAAGCUAUCAUGUUUUUAUUUAUUUUUCAUUUCAUCUUGCAUUAUUAAAUGUUUUAAAUAAUUCCUUUAAUGUACGUAAUGUGCGAUAUGGAAAACCUAAGUGUAUUUAAGUCUGUGCACUUUGUAUUUAUAUAUUUUUAGGUUUUCAUUUUAAAUGUUUUUUUUAACUGAUUUAUAAAGUACUGUUGUAAAAUAAUAAUGUUAUACAUUUGAAGUAAUUAAAAUGCAUUGGAGAUAUAUAUAAUGUAUUUAAAAUGUGAAUUGUCCUGCCAGUAGUUUUUUUCCCUUUUUUUAUUUUAAGAAAUGCUGUUUGAAGGUGUUUACUUAUAUUAAAAUUAGUGUAUUGAUUUUGUACAUCAAUGCCAGCCAUUUAUUCAGUGUCAAUUUUAAAGGUACUGUGUAAAACUAAGGUGCCUUUGAACCUGCUGUUUUGUACUUUGAGAGUAUUUCUUUGUUUUUAAAGAAUAUGCAAUGCUAAAUAAUUUUCCAACGUAUCCAAUGAAAUAUAUUCUUACUGCUGUGGCUACUAAUAUUAAAUUUUGUUGUAUUGUUUACGAGGCAUGAUAAAAAUAAAAGAUUUUGAAUGAGUUGAAAAUAGCCCUAGUUAAAAAGGAAGUUACAUUUGAAUACAAAACUUAAAUUAUGUAUUUUUAUAAUUUAACUGUAAGAAACAAAUGUAUUCCAUAAUUAAAUUUUAUUAAUAAAUCUAAUUUCUUUAACAUCUUUUUGUUUGCAGUUCCCAGCAACUCAGUUAAUUUUAACUACAUUUUUACAAUUUUGAUUUUUUUAGUAGAUGAUAAUUUUAAGCAUGAUAGCAAAUAAUUUCUGCAUUAGAAUAUAUUGAAUUUGGUAUUUACUUUUUUGUAUAAGUUAAAAAUUAAUUUUGAACUCUUAAUUGAUCUUUAGAGCUUAAUAAACUGAGCACUCCAUUUUUUCAGUGCUCAUUUGUUUCCGUAGUCUCUGACAAGCUCUGAUCUGUUUCAUUUGUAAUUUUUUGAUAUCUUAAAAUGUAUAAUUAAAUGGGCAAUUUAUAUAUGCUUUACUUAUCAUAUUGACGUUUUUCAAUUUAUAAAGAAAUACUUUCAAUGCUUUUUUGUAAAACUGUUUUUCUUCCCCUUUUAUACUCAUAAAUUUUCUUUUGUGAGUUCAGUUUGCAGCAUUUCAAAUAAACACUGCCAGAUAUUAUUAAGGUAAAUAAAUACCUGUUAUUGAAGUUUAUAGGCAUAUAUAUUAUUCCUGUGCUUUAGAACAGAGAAAGUGCUUUGAGAAUUAAAAAAAAGGUCCUAAUGCAAAGAAGUAACACUAAUACAAUAGUUACUUUGUAAAUAAGUCUCAUAUACUUAGUGAUUUUGGAAUAUAUGUAAACAUCUUUGAAGAUGGUAUUGAAAUGGUUAAAUUCUGAUGAAUUGUUUGUAUGAUGAAGAUAUUGUGCUAAAGAGACAGCCUGUUGUAUGUUGAUGACUGUCAAAUAAAAUCUACAAGUUUGUCUAUA